GAAGCGUCGUGCCAUUGUCUGCAAGGUGGGCAAGGACCACAAUGUGGCUGGCCCCGCUCGGCUCGGGGGGGCCUUGGUCACCAAAAAGUGACCCCCCAACCACAUGCACGAAAAUGCCCAGACCUUUCCCAGCCACGACACGAGCCAGACGCGUCCCUGCGGUGCAAGGUCGACGUGUUCUUCACGACUCCACCGUGGGUGGGGCCUAAAUGGGCGGGACGGUGUGGGCCCAGACCGGUUAUCCAACAAAAAAGAGAGGAUGGCCGCCGAGCAUUGCAUGCCCCCUUAUGUGUGCCGUGCCAACUCACCGACCGACCGUCAUCAACUCCUCCAUUUCAUUCAUGCCUGAGGCUCGCUCCGGACUUGCUUCACUGCCUGUUCUUGGUUUUUGUUCAUUUUCGUGGCCUGUAUCUGUUCUGUUCUUUUUACCCAGCACGCUUGUUCUGUCGGCACGAUUUGUACUUUUUUCCCCUUUUGCAUGUCUUAUUCCUGUAUUCUUUUGUAGUGGCCCUUCCGUCUGCCACCACCAACAAGGUCCUAUCCGGAGAAGCCUAGAUAGCAUCGGACCGGACGAGACUACUUAAGUAGGCAGACAGGACUGGUUUGAGAGAGAGAAACAUCGAGACUGAAACGGAACGGAACUGUCUUGCCAGGCUGCUCGCUUGCUUGCACAACACAACACAACACAACACAACACAACACACCAGAGACACUGCCCAUCAUGGCGGAAGAACUCCCUCUGGCGCUGCGCCGCACACAACGGAGGACGCCCAAGAAGACAAAUACCGCAGCGUCGACGCGCAAGUCUCCGAGGGCAACGGGCGUCGCCCAGAAGAAGCCAGCCACCACAAGGGCGGCGGGCAAGAAGGCGGCGAGGCCGACCAAGAAGGGCAAGGCCAGCGCCCCGGAGUCUGCCAGCGUCACUGCCGCGGACGACGCCGCGGACGACUCGGCCACGCUCGUCGACGAUGCGGACGGCAGCAUCACGGCGCUGGACUAUGAAGCCCCCAUAUCCUCCUCCAACAAGAGGAAGAGGCCAUCCACCACCACCACCACCUCCUCCCCCCAGAUCGGAGAGGAAGGAAACCAGCGGGCCAUCAAGAAGGCCCGCCGCCAGACAAAUAAGAAGAACAACAACGACAACGACAACAACAACAACCCCACGGUAGUGCACGUCGUCCCCCUCCGCACACAGGUCCUAGACCCACACACCAUACGGCAGAUCAGGCGCAACGGGCUCAGCGCGGUGCAGAACGCGGCGUACGAGGAGAAGCGGGCGCGGCGGCAGAAGACGCUCGAGGAGCUGCGGCGGGCGCGCGAGGAGCUGCUGGAGCGGGACGCCGAGAUCGAGAGGCUGCGGGAGCUGACGGCGGUGUUUGGGGACGGCUCCGAGGGGGCGGCGGGGGAGCUGUCGCGGCUCAGGGAGGAGGUCGAGGGCCUCCGCCGCCGGCGUGGUGCUGGUGAGAAUGAUGAUGAUGAUGUCGAGUUGACGUCGUCGCCACCUGUUGCGAGAGGCUACGGCGACGAUGGUGGUGGUGAUGAUGAUGGCUGGGCAGGCAUGGACGGCAUGUCUGAUGCGGGUGUUAGUGACGCCGGGGGCGAGUCUGGCGCGCGUGAGUUUGACGACGGGGAUGAGUUCGGCGAGGCUUCCCUCGCGGAGCUGGAGAUGGGUGGCACCCCUGGCCAGCACCGCCGCCAUCACCACCAGCACAGGUCCACGACAAAGAGGCCGGCUGCACUGCGCCUCCACGGGACGACAACGCUCACGCCGCCCAGCACCAGCCCGACCAAGAUGGCCUCCCCCUCCCCCUCCUCCUCCUGCGAUGCCGGCGUGCAGGCGGGUGUGAACAUGUCCAAUGCAACAACAACGACAGACGCCGCCUCGCAGGUCUGCGUCCCCGACCCGGCGAUGGACGCCCUCACCGAGGAACUGGGAACCCUGCGCGCCGAGGUGAGCAGCCUGAGCGAGACGCUGCUGGAGCGGGACGCCCUGCAGGCCCGCAUGGGCGAGAAGCUCGCGCGGCACCACCACGGGUCCUCGUCCCCUUCAUCCGCCCAGGCCGAGGACCAGGACCAGGACUUUGUACUCCAACUCGACAUCGUCCUGCAGGACCUGGCGGAGAAGACGGACCGGCUCGGGGAGCUGUCGGCCCUCCUGAUGCCGCCCGGGGACUCGACGGAUGACAACAACAACACCACCAACAAGGAGACAACAGCCCAGCUGGCCGCAGCGCUCCAGGACGUCAGGGACGCCCUCGCCGGCCUUGAAGCCGGCCCAUCCACCACUGCCACGAACACGAACACGACCACGCCGCCGCCGCCCCAGUCCGCAGCCCAGACGCUCCUCCAGGCCGCGGCCCGCCUCCGCGAGCUCGACAACACCCUCAAGCAGCGCGCGGCAGCCCACGACGCGCUGGCCACGGACCUCGCCGCGUGCAGGGCCUCAGAGGCAGCGAAGGAGGCCCAGGCCGCCAACCUGUCCGCCGACGUCGCCCACCUGGCCGACACGGUCGCCGCGCUGCGCGAGGAGCUCGACGCCGCGUCGGCCUCGCGGCAGGCGGACCUCGACGCGGCGCUGCAGCAGAAGACGGCCGCCGCCGAGCUCGAGGCGCUGCUCGCCGAGCGCGAGGGCGAGUUGCAGCGGCUUAAGGGGGAGCUCGCUGCCGCCGGGGAGACGGUCUCUAGGCUGCGCGGGGACGCGGCGAGGGACAAGGCGCGGUCGCGGGAUGCGGUGCGGGCCAUGCGCGCGCAGAUGCUUGCUGCGCUGCGGGUUGGGGAGGGGUUCCUUGGGGACGAGGUUGCUAAGAGUGAGGAGGCUGAUCUUGGUGGUGGGAUGGACGGGGAGGCUGCCAGGCACCGGAGUGAUGACAGUGGCCUUGGUCUUGGUGAGGAUCAAGCUGAGGGGGGACUGCAGCUUGUAUGAUUGAGAUGUUUGCAUUUGGUUUGGCGUUUUUUUGGGUUGGUCGGUUGAUGGGUCUCUUUUUGGAGAUUAUAGCAUCUGCGAGGCAUAGUACUUUGGGCAUUUGCAUCAUUAGCAUGGGUCCGUCUAUAAGAAGCAUGAGUAUCUAGAUAUGAUGUGCUGAAGCACGAAUUUUAACCAAAAACACAUACAUGUCACGUACAAAAA